AUGUAUCGCGACAUUGUUCACGCCGUCUACAAGCGGGGCGAGGCCUCGAUGGGCGAGUACCAGAUGCCAGGCUGGGCCUGGGCUAUCUUCUUCGCCGACAUGCUCGUCUUCCUGCCUCUGUUCUUGCUGGUAAGCUACUCAUUGCAGCACAUCUUCCCGACGCUCGCCAUCAUCGAAGACCCAUCGCCAGCCUACGAGCCUGUCUCCCUCAACGAGGACAACCAAUCUUUCUCCGAGGACAAUGCCCCCGUUGCCGAUGAAGCGACGGGCUCCGAUGCUCCCGCUGUUACCUCGUCAUUCCGCGGCACCUACCGUACCCUCACUGCCGUCAGUGGUUGGCGAUCCAUGUUCCGGGGUCUCGGCUGCUGGGUCGCCCUGAGCUUCGCCACCAUGUUCGUCUACAGCAUCUUCACCUCCGUCUGGGUCCCGGCUCUCGUUGCCGCUCCCCUCUCUGCCAUCACUCUGGUGCAGUUCUACACUGCCUGGACCCACAUCGUCAUCUCGGCCCCGAGCCCUAAGCGUUUCUGGCAGCGACUGCCUCCGUUCAAGAAGGCCUUCCAGGCCACCGCACUGCCCAUCUGCCUAUACCUCUUUGCCGUCGAGCUUUCCUCCUUCCUCCCGAAGGGCCUGGCCUACCUGAUGGGCAUGAACAUGUGGGACCCUAAGUCGCCCAACACUCUGCCCGAGGCUGAUGCCAACGAUGCUUGGAAGGGGGUUCUGGUUCUCCUUACCACCCUUGUCUUGCACAUCUUCCUGGUCAUCCCCACCCAGGUUGUCCUCACCCGUGUUCAAGCGUCGCUUCUCCCCGAGGAGGACGACACGAUCGUGCCGUUCGACCGCUCGUUCCAGGGCAAGGUCGAGCCCGCUAUCGUUGGUGGCAAGGGCUUCGUUUCGAUUAUGGACGCGUGGAAGACCUUCUCUCGCGCCUCCUGGAUGCGCCUUGUCAAGCUCUACGUCAAGAUCUUCGCUGUUGGUGUGGCUAUGUCGCUCCUCUGGAUGGCUGUUCUGGUUCCUGAGAUCCUCCUCAUUUGGAAGCACAGCCAGAAGGUUGAGUAA